AUGAAGAAGAUCGCCCACUUUGGCACGCUUGUGUCCUUCCUCUUGCUCGUGGUGCUCGCGUUGUCGGCGCCAGUGCGAGGGCAGUCGGCGGGUCUGAAGGUUAUCAACGCUCUGCCGCCUCCCAUCUUGGACUUCAGCUCUUCCUUCAUAGAUGCGCUGGUCGACGGCAACCUCUUCUUCUCGAAGGUGGAGUACCUCUUCGGCUCCUCCAACGGCACUCAUGGACCCUAUCGCCCACUCGAUGCACCCGGCACCUACAACGUCUCAUUUCGCUACACCAAUCAUCCAGAGCGAGGAAUCAUCGCCUCUACUCAGCUGCAGAUCACCCAGCCCGGCACCUACCACACCGUCGUCAUCUUCGGACGUAAUACAGUCGACUUCCCCCUACAGACAGCCCAUCUCGUUGACCAAUCUGUCGGCAAGCGUGCAAUCUCUCGACCAAGCGAAGAAGGAGUGACUUCGAGACAUCGCAAGGGGUUCGAGACAUCUAUCAUGGAGGAGGACGAGGAGGAGACAAACAGGAAGGUGGGCAGUGGGAAGGGUUUGACGUCGAUACGCUACUUCAAUGCGGGCAUCUCGUUGGGGCCUACUACGGUCAAGAUGAAUGGAAAGGACCUGUUCGCGUCGACACCCUACGGCCAGGCCUGGAAUGGUGGUCAGUACGUCGAGUUCGAUACAGGAGCUAAGGGUGGCUACUUCAUGUUCGAGGUGGUAGAUGCACGAUAUGAAGAGAUUCAGAUCACCUUUGACAAGCUCUUCCUUUCCAACGGCUGCGCAUUCACCAUCUUCUCGACAGGCGUGUUGGGGAACUACUACAGCCCCUACAUCGUCGUCCACACCAAGGACCUGUGCUAA